AUGAAAUCAGACGUCCUCCUGAUGCCGGGCAAUAGUGACAUGUUCGACAGUAGGCCCUGGUUCGAUAAUAAUCAGAAUAUGAAAGAGUUUCACCACGCUGUUAUAUCUGGCAUGCCUCCCUCAUCUCCGCCGCAACACGAUGAACUUUCCUUUGAGCAUUUCAUUCCACCAACAACAGAUCAAAUGGAUUCCCCGUCAUCGAUAACAAGUCCGGACUUCUCGGUUUCUCAACGAGACGGUCAUAACAGUUCAUAUUCAUCCAAGAAAGAAAAGUCUCGAAAAUCGAGGUCCAACAAAAGUCCCGCUUCUGAAGAGGAUACCCCAGAAAAUAAAUCAAGGAGAAGGAGAGAGCAAAACCGUAUCGCACAACGCACAUUCCGCGAACGAAAAGACAGAUACAUCCAAAACCUCGAGUCGCACAUCAAACUCCUCGACGCAAGCCACAAAGAUCUCCAAGCAUCCUAUCGACAGUCUACAGAUCAAGUAAAUGCGCUCUAUACACAAUUGCUGGAGACGCAGGGGGAGUUAGAUUAUUGGCGAUGUCUUGCGCAGCCAUCUACCUCCCAAACGACGACGACAACAACAACAACAGAAACGAUGAGUGCAACUCCGACAAUAGCGCCGGGUGAGGCGCAUGGAAGAAGACAUCUUCAUCCGAAUGCUCCGAUUAUGUCGGGAAUGAAUAUACAGCAUGGACAGUUUACAUAG